GCGGAGCGUCUCCGAAACAAGUCAAGCCCCCCAAUCCAAGAUGGCAGCGCCCAAGAGCCGGCCGUCGGUGUCUUUGGUGUUCGACAUCGACGUCGAAGACCCGGACACCUGGUGUUCGGUGGGCCUCCUGACUAACACCGAGUGCCACCAGAAGCUUCUAACUUCCGUGUCCAGCAUCAAGAGCUUUUGCGACCUAAGCGAGGACGAGCAGCACUCCAUCUCACUGCGGGUCGGCACCGACGACAUAGACACCGUUUGCCGCCACCACCAGAAGUUCUACCACUACUACGAGCACCACAAGCGCGGGUGCGUGGAUCCGCUCAACAGCCAUGGCUCCAAGAAAACCACGGGCGACAGCGUGGUCGUCACCGAGGCCAUGGUCGAGGCGGCGGCAGGCGUCGUCGAGCUCGAGGAAGGUCAGAGGCUGUGCAAGAUGUGCGUCGCCGGGAUCACCAGCAGAGAGGAGUCCUUCGCCAGGGUUCUGGCGGACCCGGAGAACCAAGAACGGUGUAAGACGAUUGAUGACCUGGUGAGUCGGUGUUCAGUGGGGCUGAUGACGCUGACCCCGUGCCACCUGCGGGACAUGACGGGCCUGGUGGGGCUGCGCACCCUGGCGGCAGUGCCCUCCCGGCUGGCCUACAGCGUGGCCUCCCGGCUGGGCAGGGCCUUCGACUCCAUCUGCCUGCAUCAUGAGCGGGUCUACUGCGAAGGGCAAGGCCCCGACUGCUUCGACCCCGAUGGCAUUCACACGGCGAACAAGGACUACUCGUCCCUGUGGCUGGUCCCGCGGCGCUUUGCCCUGGCCUGCCGUGGCAACCCCGUGCUGAGGCCUGGCCAGACGAUCUGCCUCAAGUGCCUGGACAGCAUCCGCGAGAAGCACCCAGACGUCAACUCCUUCUACCUGGCAGACCGCGCCGAGACGCAGCGCAAGCUGGCGCGUAAGAAAGAUCCGUCGGUGGCCUCGGAGCAGCACGACGGCUUGGACCCGUACGACUCGUCGGCCAAGGAGAGCACAGACACCGCCGCCAAGGAGGAGGAUGCCGAGAGCUCUUCGGCGACCGAGGACGUCGACGGUGUCGGGAGGAAGCAAAGGCGCAGAAACUUUACGACGAGCGAUCGGCAGCUGCGCAACCUGCGUGUGGAGAACCCGGAGUUCAGCGAGGUGCUCGGCCAGCUCGACGUCAAGUCCAAGCUCCGAGAAAAGCGCAAGGUCACCAAGAACAUCAGCCCCCUCGUGGCGUCGCAGGGCGGUCGGGGCUCGCGGCACUACACUUCGCGUGGCCUGCACAUUGGGUCGAACAGCGACUCCUGCGACUGCCUGAUGGUGGGCUGCCCCGGCUGCCACUUCCCCUGCCCCAAGUGCGGGUCGGCCAAGUGCGGGGACGAGUGCCGCUCCAACCGCAGCUAUGUCUACGAGCACCUUGAGCUGGACGGCCACAACGGACUCAUUCAGAAUCCCCUGCUGGGAUGAAGGCCUUCUUUUUUUUUUCUUUUGAAGAAUUUAAAUGCUUUAAUUUUUUGGAAGCAGGAUAAAUGCUGUUGUGAAAGUUCCUUGUUUUAAACAACAACCCCCCAACGGGCUGAAGGGAA